AUGACCAACCUUCUCGAUCUUCCUGUUGAGAUCUUUCAAAUGAUCAUCCAUGAACUAGUCAGUAGCGCGAUGGGCAACGUCAACCGUCCUUCCAACUGCUUUCAGAUUGAUGGGGUCUGGAUGCUGAGAGAUGUUUGCCCUACCUUCGCUGCAGAGAUUGAGCGCAGCGUCUUCUCCCAGCAGCCAAAAGCGGUCUACUAUAACAACUGCUUCGUUCAGCGCCUUGUCCUUGAGCGUCUGCCCCGAUACAUGAUGCAAGUCAAGCGAAUACCGGGGAACAUCAACGAAGGCUUUCGUGCACGACUACAGCGCAUGACGAGCUACAUUCUGCACGAGCUUGACAUUAAAGAUGAGAAGCAACGCGCAGACAUCAUCGACAAAUUCUAUGUUAGCUUACGCAAGAUCGUUAACGAGUACCGAUUGAGUCAUGCCCUGUGGCUCUUCACGUCUUUGAUGGUCGGAUCGCAUGAUGUUCUGGCUGGUUUUCUCCCAGAAGUCAGUGGUACGGAGGAAGAUCGACUCUUCCAUGUACUACCUUUUGACAUCGCUCGGAUCCUAGGUGACAUGAAGUCGAUUGACGUUAUUCUCCGUCAUCUGGCAACACGGCCAUCUUUGGGGCGAAUAGCUCUUACGUGUGAGAACGGAAUGUUUCGCAUACAGAGCAUCAUUAGCAUCAUGCUGGCUAGCGACAGCAGUACAAUCGCUCAAACUCUCCUCGACUUCCACAGGAAGAACCUACCCUCCCCCACGAGGCACGCCUACAACUCUUGGAUCUACAACGCUGUCCAUGAGCGUACAACCAAAUAUCUGCACAAUCUAAGGGCUGUCUUGGAUUUCUACCCUGAGGGCAGGACACGGGUUCUGCGCGAAACGAUGCUCACCAUAUGCGCCGGAGGCAGCUCUGAAGAUGUCCAGGAAGCCCUCAAGCGCGUUGAAGAUGUGGACAAGGGAACAGCAUUGAACGCUCCUAUUUUUAUCGCUGUUCGAUCCGGUCGCGUAGCCGCUGUACAGGGAUGCAUCCAGGCAGGUGCUAAUAUUCACCUCGCCGUGCGUUCAAACAUCCCGACACUUCACAAAGACACUAUCACACCUCUUGACGUCGCCAUGAACCGGAACGAUGGCCAUAUUGCGGAAGUCCUCAUCAAGGCUGGCGCAACAAUCCCACACAUAUCGCAGUGGCCAACGACUCGGCGCGUGUACAAGGUAUUACGCAAGGCCGUCUCGGAACGCACUAAUGUCAAGCUGCCUGACCUGAAGCGCUUUCAACAUAUGAGUCUGGCGGAUCGCAAGGACAUACAGUAUUAG